GAAUUCAGUACACAUAAGUCUUUCGAGAGAAUGUAUGGAACAACUGUAUUUCUCCUCUUGACAACUGUGAUCAUCGUCGUUUCAUCUGAUGAUAAGUUCAUUUUCAACGUCUCCUUCACUUGUGGUUAUCAUCAGAGAGAAAGCUACAGCUACAAUGUGCAGAUCUUCGAGAGAGAUCAUUGGCCACUAAACGGCAACGACGCUAUUACAAGCCAAAAAAUUGGAAAAGCCCAUCCAGGAUUAUCUCGAUUCACAAUGGAAGGAUGGCAACGUUCGGAUGAGCAGUUCUCGAAGGGAUAUGAACCGAUAAUACGCUUGUACCAUGACUGUACCGAGUACAAACGUGAAGCUGAAGUCACCCUGAACAUUACACCGAGCUGUGAAUUUGGAAAAGGUGUCUGCCACUAUAACAUUUCCAAAGACAUCAAGGAUUUGGCUGGAGAAUUCCCGUAUAAAGCAACUUUGACUUAUGAAUAGAUGGGUUUCAUAAUGGUUUUCAUUGUUUUGUAGAAAUAAAAAUUUUUAAAGAACUGGG